CUCCAAAAGAAAAACAGUUCUUUCUGCCUGGUUCUGCAGUUCUAAUAUUUCUUCUGUAUAAUUUUUUUCAAUCUGUUGAAAUGGCUAUCAGCUACAUGGUGAAGUUUGUUGCUCUCUUGCUUUUGGCUUUGUUUGUCGUCUCCAUGCUCGAAUCCACUCAGGUUUCAGCCAAAGGACUAAAGAGAAAAUACGGACCAGGAACCGUGAAACCAGCUCAAUGCUACGGGAGAUGCGCAUAUAGGUGCAGCAAAACGAAGCACCGUUUCGAUUUUUGCAUGGCAGGCUGCAUGAGUUGCUGCAAGGCAUGUAGAUGCGUUCCCCCAGGUACCUCUGGGUAUAGAUUUGUCUGCGCUUGUUAUGACCUCAAGAGGACCAAGAAAGGAGGACCCAAAUGCCCUUGAAUAAGGAAGAGAAACAUGGGUGCUCCUACUUCAGUCAUCCAGUGAUUUUCUUUUUAUUAAUGAAUCAUAAUUUAUUUGUUAUUUGCUUAAUUUGAUCAUCAAGUUUCGUGAUCUGUAUUUUGUAAUAUGGGCAGUCGUCGUCUCACUCCUUUGAGUAUCCAAUGAUUUUGUUAGAUGCUCAAACGAGAGUGCAUAUAUUAAAGGGUUUUGGGGUAAUGUAUUUCCAUUUCUAUUAUUCAUUAAGAGAGUUGAA